CAAUAGUAUCUUCCACAACCGCUGCUAUUUAUCGAUAUUGAUCCGAUCAAACAUGAAUCACCCCUCCGCUAUUACCGAGCCGAUGGUGACGCUUGUGCCUAUGUUUCAACAGAUUGAGGUACGGAACUCGGAUGACGAUUGGACCGGUGUCACAAGCGCAGCAGAGAGGCGAAAGCUCCAGAACCGAUUGAACCAGAGAGCCUAUCACAAACGAAAAAGACAGUUGCGUCAAGCACGACAGGCUGCUGAGGUUAGCACUGCCGACUCGACUGCCAUAACAGAGCCCGGUGGAUUUGUAGGAGAUAGCGAUGUAGUCCCUCAGACGUGCUCCAUUAUGAGCCCUGGAAGGCAAUACCUUAUACAGCAAUUCGCGACACAAGCUUAUACCAGCUACCUGAAGGGUGCACCUUGCCUGACUCAUCUGCCCACCCUUGUUCGGCUCAAUUCGUUCAUUGCCGUCAACCAAAACGCCGAGGCGCUGAGUAUCUCUACCGCAUGGUUGGAUGCAGAAGCCGUAUCCCCGUUCGGUCGUGCCGGUACCGCUUCGGGUUUGGCAGCCAUGUUGCCAUCGUGCCCUAACAGUCUUCGGCCGACACCCCUGCAGUUAGCUAUCGAACACCAUCCCUGGAUCGACAUUCUGCCGUGCCCGAUACUUCGGAACAAUGUUCUGCAGGCUGCUGAGGUUCUCGGGCUUAUCGAUGAAGAUGACCUGUGCCAUGACGUCGUCGAGCCCGGUGACGGCCUCGGCAGAUCUGCAUUCAUAGUCUGGGGCAAUCCCUGGGAUACCAGCGGGUGGGAAGUUACUCCCGAAUUUGUACGCAAAUGGGGCGGUUUGCUACAUGGCUGUCAGGAGUUGCUGGCGGCCACGAAUACCUGGAGAGAGAAGCGAGGCGAACGAAGAUUGAUCCUCGAGAUCUAAGACGGUACAAUCGCAGUCUUCGAUGUGAGCAGUCUCACGAGCCAUUACAAGCAAGAAGCCCUGCCGUCGCUCUAGCUCCGCUUGAGUCUCUCCUAAAUUCUUUGAUGGAUCCGCCUUAAGCAAGCCAUCCUACUACUGCAUGCAACGACCCGGAGAUAAGAUGCUCGGAAGUGGCAUAUUGUGCUCUGGCAUA